UAUAAAACGUCUGCAGUUUAGUUUGUAUUAAAGUCGGUCUGCAGUUUAGUUUGUAUUAAAGUCGGUCUGCAGUUUAGUUUGUAUUAAAGUCGGUCUGCAGGUUAGUUUGUAUUGAAGUCGGUCUGCAGGUUAGUUUGUAUUGAAGUCGGUCUGCGGGUUAGUUUGUGUUGAAGUGGGUCUGCGGUUUAGUUUGUAUUAAAGUCGGUCUGUGGUGAUGCUCAGCUCUCUAUCAGGGACGUUUCCUUCAUUGUUGACAUUAGCUCUGGCCUAGUUCAGUUCAUCUUUGACAAACAUGAACCUGACUUCAGAUUCACCUAUUAAACACACCAAAAUACCAGAAAACUGGAGGCCGUCACGAUUCACUAAAGUACAACGACUGAUGUUUGUCCGUGUUAUUAACCAGCUCGGUGUUUGUUCUGUCAGUCUGAAGGUUCGCGGCUGCAGAGGGAGAUGAAGGCAUACAUGUCUGCCAUUAAAGGGAUGCAGCAGGCCUCCAUCAACCUGGCACAGUCUCUGCAUGAAGUCUAUGAACCAGACUGGCAUGGAAAAGAUGACAUCAUGGUCAUUGGGAAGGACUGUGAUGCAAUGUGGGAAGACUUUCAUAACAAAUUGGUGGACUCGACGUUGCUGAACCUGGAUGAGUACCUGCUACAGUUUCCUGACCUCAAAACUCGUGUAGCCAAACGAAGUCGGAAACUCAUCGACUAUGACAGUGCUCGUCAUCACGUCGAAACCCUGCAGGUGUCAGGGAUGAAGAACGACCGCAAGAUGAUGAAGGCAGAAGAAGAGUUGAAAAAGGCUCAGAAAGUGUUUGAUGAGUUGAACGUCGGUCUGCAGGAUGAACUACCGAGUCUCUGGGACAGCCGGGUUGGUUUCUACAUCAGCACCUAUAAGAGUGUAACCAAUUUGGAGGCCAAAUUUCACCGCGAGAUCUCUCAGGUAUGUAGGCAGCUGUAUGAGGUGAUGACCCAACUGGCUGAGCAACAUUCUGACAAAAUGUUCACCAUCCAAGGAGCACCAAGUGAUUCAGGACCACUGCGACUCGCCAGAACCCCAUCACCACCAGAAGAUGAGAGUCCACCUGAGAGUCCAGACACCAGCUCUAAUCACAUGCUCCGCCCUAUCUCACCUGGACCACCGCGGCCCAAAUCCCCUAUACAGCUUAAAAAGGGGCCGCCGGUGCCUCCACCACCAAAAGCCACACCGACCAAGGAGGUGGCAGAAGAGCAGAUCAUCGACCUGUUUGGAGGAGAUUUUUUACCAGCACCUUCACCAUCGCAGCCCAAUGAAAGACCAGGAGAAUCUCUUCUCGACAUGGACUUUGAUGCUUUUCAGCCAGAUGAAAGUGUUUCUCCGAUACCACAGACUGCUGUGCCUUGGGAUAUGUGGUCGGCAAACACCCAAACAGCUCAACCUCAGCCUGCAGACACCAGCUUCGUCGCCAACUGGUCCGCUGACUUUGGUUCAGUGUCAGCAAAUGAGGAUGCUGCUCCAGGAGUGGAGGCCCCUGCUGUAGGGCUGGAGGGGGCACAGGGUGGGGCACAUGGGGCUCAGGACUUGCCCCAGACAGACGGCUGGCAGCCUGGUGCAGACACAGCUUCACCUCCUCAUGACUUGCCCCAGACAGACGGCUGGCAGCCAGAUGCAGACACAGCUACACCUCUUCAGGACAGUGAGGUAGCCACAGCAGCUGAAGAUGAGGUGACCAAUGCAUUAAAUGGAUUUUCACAGGAUGCCACUGCCCCAUCAUUCUUUGCUGAUUUUGAUAAGAUGAAUGAAGUUACCGCAGACUCAACCGACGCUCCAGAAGCCUCAGUGGCAAAAGCUGCUGAGGAACAAGACAAGCCUUCAUCUCCCCCUGCUAGUGAGAAGCUUCCAGCGCCACCUGCUGGUGAGGAUCUUCCAACGCCACCUGCUGGUGAGGAGCUUCCAGCGCCACCUGCUGGUGAGAAGCUUCCAGCGCCACCUGCUGGUGAGGAACCUCCAGCGCCACCUGCUGGUCAGGAGCUUCCAGCGCCACCUGCUGGUCAGGAGCUUCCAGCGCCACCUGCUGGUGAGGAGCCUCCAGCACCACCUGCUGGUGAGGAGCUUCCAGCGCCAACUGCUGGUGAGGAGCUUCCAGCGCCAACUGCUGGUGAGCAACCUCCAGCAGGGGGAGCUGGAGGAGAGUUGGAGGAAUUUAGAGCCUCCUCUGCUGGUGAGGAAGAUACAGCAGAAGGUUCUGGCAGCCUGAAGGAAGACAAGCCUUAUAUUCCUCCUGCUGACGAAGCUAAAACAUCUCCAGGUGAAGCAGCGCCAUCGGAAAAGAUGCCAAUCCCCUCCGUGGUGAUCGAGCCAGCCUCCAGUAAUGAAGGAGAUGACGACCGUGAUGCUGACAUCAUUUCUCCCACUCUCAUCAGUGACAACGGUGUAACAGCUGAAAGCCAGACUAUCAAACACAUGAGUCCAUCUGUUGGAGUGUCGGGACUCCCUGAUGACUUCCUCUACAAGGUGGAGACAAUGCAUGACUUUGAGGCUGCAAAUUCAGAUGAGCUGGAACUUAAAAGAGGUGAUGUGGUGUUGGUGGUUCCCACUGCUUCAGUAGAGGAUCAGGAUGCCGGCUGGCUCACAGGAAUCAAAGAAAGUGAGUGGUUAAUACUCGGUGCUGGUGCUCACAAAGGACUAUUCCCAGAAAACUUUAUACAGCGUUUGGAGUAAGAAGUCUCUUCAGCUUGUGGAGAGAAAUGAGCAGAAGUUUGAGACAUCUGUGUCCAAGCUGUCCAGUCAGCAUGUAGCCGACACCUAAAACACCUUGUAACCUGCUGCAGUGGUCUGCUGGACAACACAAUGGUUUGAAACUCUACAAUCUACAAAAACUAAAAUUAAUGGUCAUAAAAAGUAGUACUAUUCCUAGUAUAACUGAAAAUUACUAAGCAUGAUGUGAUAGUAUGGUCUACCCUUCUCUGGAAUUGAGAUGUUUUUUUGUUGCUUUUUAAAGAAAAAAAAAAAGUAUAAUGCAUUGGGAAUGUUGCAAUUUCUACAUGUUCAGGCAAACAAAAAGCUAUUGUUUUUGAAAAAAGAAAAAGAAAAACCUUUGCACCGAGUGUGUUGUACUUAUUAUGUUGCUCUGCUAUUGAAGAAUCUGUAGUGCUGUGUUCUAUUUCAAUGUUCUCAAGUGUAACAUUCUUAUUUUGAGACUUGUCAUAACUGUAGCCCUUGAAUCACUGAGUGUGUUUCUAUUAUAUCAUUGUUGAGCGUAUGUGGUGAUUUGUUCUUUGGCAUAUGUGGUGAUGAGUUUAGUCAGUAACAAGUGUUGCUUUGUUCUUGACAAAAGAAUGAGGCAUUUAUCAUCUGAGUAUUGACAAAGAAAGCAGUGCACAUCCAGCAUGAAAAUCUCAAAACUUUUAUCAAAGUAAGUAUUCCAAAAAAAUAUUCCCACAAUUGCAAAUAUUAAUGUUUAGCUGUAUAAGUCACAUGUGUUAUUACAAUUGUAUUUGCAAGAAACAGAGCCAACCAGAAGACUAUAAGUGUAUGAUCCCAGGUAAGCUAUUAACAAAUGCAAUAUGCAAUCUAUGUUGUUGAUAUAUUUAAGGUCUCAUAUUGCUAUAGUUCUUUAGAUGAACAAAUAUGAUGUCACUUCCUUUGAUAUUAAAGUUUAAUCGUAAUUUAGACCUUUUUGUGAUGCACAUUCCAUAAAUAUUUGUCAUGGUCAAUAAAUAAGUUAUUGAGAUAGAAA